CUUCCGAGGCAGACGCGGAAGUGCAGGAGGCGCCUGGAGUCGGUUCGGUUACCUGGGUCGCCUGGCCUAUCCAGGCGCCUGGUGAACCUUCCAGAGAGGUCGUUUUUUAGAGGGCCCCUCCCGCCAGCCCAGCCCAGACCAAGCCGGCACUGAGGGCCGCUCCUCAGCGGAAGGGCCGAUGCAGGCCGCGCCCUGGAGCCCCCAUAGCGGGGCCGGACCAUGAGCCUGCUGGGCAGCCUGGCCUCCUCGCCGCGAGACCCGCUGCAGUCCAGCAAGGCCAGGAUGAAAAAGCUCCCGAAGAAGAGCCAGAACGAAAAGUACCGGCUCAAGUACCUGCGGCUGCGCAGAGCGGCGAAAGCCACGGUGUUUGAAAAUGCUGCUAUUUGUGAUGAAAUUGCUCGUCUUGAGGAAAAAUUUCUUAAAGCAAAAGAAGAGAGACGGUACUUGCUAAAGAAGCUCCUCCAGCUACAGGCCUUAACUGAAGGGGACGUACAGGCUGCAGCUCCUUCCCACAGCUCCAGUUUGCCUCUGACUUACAGUGUGGCCAGCUCUGUGGGAACCCUCCAGGGAGCUGGGCCAGUUUCUGGGCCGAGCACUGGGGCUGAGGAACCAUUUGGGAAGAAAUCCAAGAAGGAGAAAAAAGAAAAAGGCAAAGAGAACAACAAACUGGAAGUUCUGAAGAAAACAUCCAAGAAAAAGAAAAUGGAGGCAGGUGCUCGCAAGCCGGUUCAGCCCAUUGCCCUGGACCCCUCAGGACGGCCUGUGUUCCCCAUCGGACUGGGGGGCCUAACAGUGUAUAGCCUGGGGGAGAUCAUCACCGACCGACCUGGCUUCCAUGACGAGACUGCCAUCUACCCUGUGGGCUACUGCAGCACUCGGGUCUAUGCCAGCAUGCGGAGUCCGGACCAGGAAUGUCUGUACACCUGUCAGAUCAAGGACGGUGGCACACAGCCUCAGUUUGAAAUUGUUCCUGAAGACGACCCCCAGAAUGCUAUCAUCAGCUCCUCUGCUGAUGCCUGUCACGCAGAGCUACUCAAGACCAUCAGCGCGGCUAUGGGAAAACUAAUACCCAACCUGCAUCCGUCUGGAGCUGACUUUUUUGGGUUUUCUCAUCCAACCAUCCACAACCUGAUCCAGAGUUGUCCAGGAGCUCGAAAAUGUGUCAAUUACCAGUGGGUGAAGUUUGAUGUGUGCAAACCUGGAGACAGCCCCCCACCACAAGAACAGCUAGAGAAUGACAUAGCUACAAGCUUUGAAGCCUUUCAGAGAUACACCUUCGAUGAAGAUCAUAGUGAUCCCAUUCUACAAGGAUCCUUGGACCUCCCGGAGCUUCAGCCUACCGCCUUUGUGUCUUCUUACCAACCCAUGUUCCUGACCCAUGAACCCUUGGUAGAUGCUCACCUACAGCACCUGAAGUCUCCAUCACCGUGUAGCCCAUCUCAGUCUUCAGAUUGAAGUAAAAGGGAUCGAUACCACAUCUUUCUCAUCAGGAUGGGUAUUUUGGCUUAAUUAGAUUAUAUAGAAGAAGGCAGCAACUCAGGAGUGAAGAAGAUAGUAAAUUAACACAUUUUGUCGCAGAGGUUCCCAUGGUGACAGCUUUCCUGGGAAAAACUUCAACUUGGUUUUAUUUUUAGUAAUAAAUUUCUGAUGACAGUUCUGCUUAUUUUCAUCUUGUCAUCACGAUAUAAUCAGAAUUUUACACCUUCUGACAACCCUCCACCCUUGAUCUAAGCCUGGGUCGUUGACUGUCUCAGCCCCUGCAGCCAGCUGGUACUUUAUCUUCAUGUCAGUGUAAUCAGAAUCAGAUCCUACUCAUCCCCAAGCUGGAAGGUCCAGUCCAAGGCCCACUAUUCAUCUUCUUCACAUUUUACAAAAGGAUGUAAAAAAUCAUCUCUAGCCUUGUCUACAUCCCCUCUGUGGCUCCGCUUAAUGCAUUGGAGCCACACACUAACACAAAUAACAUGAUUGGUUCCCAUCCUCCAUAACAGACUCACCCCAUCAGUUCAUUAGUUGUAUAGUAACACUGCAUUCUAUAUAACAGAAUUUUCUGGACUCCACUUAGAGCAUUAAGGUAGAGGCUUACCCUAUCACUGAAGCCCAGCCAGUUCACCUCCACCGUACCUUGUGUGAUGAUUCACUCUCAAUCAGCUAGGAACCAGCGCUGGCUGGAAUGGAAGGAACCAAAGGAGGCCAGACAUAGAAGGAUGGGGAAGGAAUGGUGAGAACUGGGUUGUCACUGUGCUACAAUCCAUAGCCACUAAUGGAGAAAACAAACAGGAGGCCUGGCAUUUUAAUGGACUGUAUCUGGACAGCCGAGGGAUGGAUCAAAUGCAGCCUUUAGAGCACAUUACACUGGCUACCAUAACGUAUCAGAAGCGAAAGUGACUAAUGUUGAUUUUAUGACUUAAUUAUGGUCUUACAAGUUUGUAUAACUUUUACAGUGCAAAAAUAUAAUAAAAUAUGGAUAAUAGCAAAUCAGGGAUAGAAAGGAGGUCACUCAGAACUGUUGGAUGUUUUUCAUUUUUCUUGUCUACAUCAGAUGCCAGAACCCAUUUGCACUUAACACAGAAAUGGUAUCUGCUGCUUUUAGCACAUAACCUGUAUCUUUUCAUUCUGUUACAGCCCAAGUUAAUUACAAGUUCACAGUGAGCUUCAUUUUAAGAAAGAUAUUAAAAAGUUUUUAUAAGGUAGUGCAUGAAGUGAAGUGAAAGUCACUCAGUCGUGUCCAACUCUUUGCAACUCCAUGGACUGUACAGUCCAUGGAAUUCUCUAGGCCAAAAUACUGGAAUGGGUAGCCUUUCCCUUCUCCAGGGGAUCUUCCCAACCCAGGGAUGGAACUCAGGUCUCCCACACUGCAGGCAGAUUCUCUACCAGCUGAGCCACAGGGGAGCCCAUAAGUCAGUGCAUGGUUUACUUCAAUAAGCAUUCAUUUGUAGCUUCCCCAGAAGUGUUUUUCAGACUACAAAUCUCAGCCUUGUUUGUUGUUUUCAACUUUGGCAGUCAAGACCCACAUCUUUUAAAAUUAAGUUCGAAGACAGAACAUACUGGGAUGCAUCACAUGCUGAAAGGUUGAAUUCAACUAUAUUGUGUAUAUAGGUGUUUAUCUCCCAUUCACACAGUACACAUGGGGAUAUGUGGAAUGAUCCAAAGUGUUUUUACUAUGAAUUGUUGUUUUAAAUAACUUGAAAAAAAUACUGUUCUAGCUAUACACUUAAAUUUUUUUUUCAUCUAUUGGAUUGUUAAAGAUUUCUUAACUCUGACAGUAUUCAAUGUUGGUGAGAAUAGGGGGGAAAUAUGGGACUCUACCUUGGUGGGAAUGUCAACUGUUGAAUCCUUUGGAAGGGUUAAGCUGUAGGUAUUAAAAUGUUAAACGUAUUUAUCCUUAAACUUGUUAGUUCACAUUAAGGACCCUAAGAGAUUAAGUGCAGAAUGAUGUUGUCAUGUAACAGUUAUCACAGUUUAAAACCCUCUGUGCCCAUUCAUGGCAAAUUGGUUAAAGUAUGGGGCACCCACAGACUAAAGCAAAUGAAAUCUCUUU